AUGGAGACUCAAACUCAAUUUGACGUCGAGGGAAAUGCAGCGUUCUGUUCUAUCCUGAACGUCGUCAUUGAUUCCGGAAUGGAAGAACCAACUCCAUUGGAACCACAUGAGUACGACAAGAGCCUCGAGGUCUCUGGUCGACAGGGGAAGAAAGAUAAGCAACAACAGCCACAUCAGAAGGUUCCUGUGAUUCGAAUCUUCGGACCAAUCUUGCGUCAAAAUGCCGUCAACCCGCCCCUUCAAUCUGCUUGUUUACACAUUCACGGAGCCUAUCCUUACAUGAUUGCACGACCAAGGGUUGCGGGGCCUGAUGGAUCGCUUCGCGGACGAUCCAAAUCAGGACACAUCGACUGGGAUGAUGCCGAAGCUGUCAGUUGUAUCACAGACAACGUACACAAGACACUGGAAAGUACUCUACAGUCCUAUGAUUUAGAGAAGCAACAAAAGCAAAACGAUCGCAAUCCUUCGUCCAGAACUGCUCAGCAAGAGAGUUCCGAAGGAAAGAUCAAGUUCAUUCGCAAAAUUACUGUGGUGGAGGGCAGAGGUUUCUAUACAUAUUGUAACGGUCCUCCCUGCCCAUUUCUACGGGUAGAGUAUUAUGAUCCACAGCUUCGAUGGAAAGUAAAGAUGCUACUAGAAAGGGGAUUGGAGGUACCUAGAUCUUUUCAUCCCGACACACGGCAGUAUGACCGCGAUGAUCCACCCGAAGACCUUCUCAAGUUUCAUUGUUACGAGGCUCACAUCCCGUACACUAUGCAGUUUUUCAAGGAUUGGAACCUUGCGGGCAUGUCCUACCUCCACUUACGCAGCGUCAAGAUCCGUGGUCGACCUGGAACCUACAGCAAGAGCUAUUACUCGCAAAAAGCAGAAACUUUGAGUGUUCCGUUCAGCGAAGAGGAUAUUUUCUUGUCAUCCAAUACUCCUUCUUCCGUCCUGUGGAAGUCCGAGUACGAAGGAUCCGAAAAUGAUGUGCUGCCAAAGCGAACGAAGAAAGUCAGUAGCUGUGAUGUGGAAAUGGACUGCACAGUGGAGGACAUUAUGAACCGUGAUGCGGUGCUGAAGACGUUGCUGUCGGAAGAGAAAGACGAAGUUCACUGGCGUGCCGUUCCCAGUUUGCAAGAAAUCUGGAAGGAGGAGCGAAUACGCAUGCGGAGGCUACUAGGUCCACAGCACGAUCUUGUUUCUAAACCGCUCUCCUUCACACUCAAUGUCAAGAAGGACGCCUUGCGUCCAGGGGCUCGUCCAGCCCGAAAAGGAAUGAAAAAGCUAGUGAAGGUCACAUAUGGGCUGGACGAUGAUUUUGAGCGAUCGCUUACCGAUAUUCUGAACCGUCACUUGAAAACUAUCGAAGAAGUAGACACUCAAAGAGCUGCAGAUCGUGAGAAGGAACAAAGUCGGGACGAACCUGGCCUGACACCAACCAUGGACGAUGCGAUUGAUGCACUCGAGUCGAUGAAUGAAGGCGGCAGUGAAGCCAGAAAAGAAAGCGACACCUCACCAUCCAAUUCGCAAAGAGACUGGCUGUUUACUCCUUCACAAGAGGACCUGCCAAGCCAGGACAGCCAUCCGGCACCUCCAAUUUGGCAAUUAAGUCAGAGCCAAAGUGCGAGUCAGAACGAAUAUUUAUCGUUCUCAUGCUCGCAACGCUUGCACGACGAAGAUUCACCAACGCAGACCUUAGACUUGGAAUUGUAUAGUCAGAAAAUCGAGCGAGGUGAAGCAAUUGUGGAUGGCAUGGACGACGCUAUUGACCCUGAAACACUACGGCCAUAUGAGGAACUCGCGUUUGGCAAAGACACUUGUAGGGCUAUCUUUGUAGUCGAGAGCGAUCCGCCAGAGAUGAAAAGAGUCUGUGGAAGCCGUUGGAACUGCUCUCGACCAGGUCAUGAAAACGCAUUCCAUCGUGCCAAGCCGAAAUACUACAAGACAGUCACAACUGGCAAAUUUGUUGACGGAUUGCUGUACCAGAAUGACGAUGAAGAAAUCGAUCUUGUGAAGCUUCAAGAGGAGCACUCGGAAGGCGAAUUUUCGGACGAUGAGGAAGAUCUUAUGAGGGAUCUCCUAGCUACUCAAAUACCAAACGACGGUCCCUCCGGGAAGAGAACUGUUGAAUUGGACAGCUACGGUGUUUCAAUGACGCAGCCGCAAGUUGCGCUUGGCCAAGGGUCGACCACUCAGGUGACUAGUAGCAGUGGUUUCAGAUCGUCAGUUGCCAAUAGUGACGUAGAGGAUGACGAUGACGAAGAAACCGUACAGGCUUCAGGUGCUUCUGAUUCGGUUGCCCCAAUGGAUUUAUCUCUAAACGAAGGAACCAAUCCUCUUCAGCCAACACAAGAGGAAGGCGACCUUCGGGGCCCUCCUUCCCGAGGUGACCUUCGUGGAGCGCAGAGUCAGGGCUCGCUCUUCCCCUUGUUCCCGAGAGAUACUAUACCAACAUGGCUUGAACAUGCAAGAAACUAUGCUUCGUUCAAUGGCACUCACUCACUGAGUACUGAUAUUAGAACCCUCUCAAUGAAUGGUCAAUGCAUUCAACCAGUGACAAUGCCACCGACAAGAGGAAGAGUUGUCUCGUGGCACAAGAAGCGGACUGCAAAAACAGCAAAUGGAGAGAAGAAUGCCAAGAGGAAAAAGUCCGAUAAAGAUCUGCAAAUCGAUAGUAAUUCUAGGAAGCUUGUUCUAAUGCCAGAGCGCGAUGACGAAGAAAUCGAAGAGAGCAAAGAGAUUGGUCAACAAAAUGUGGAAGAAGUUGAGUGGCAGGCUUCUCAAACUUGGCAACUCACACCUUCGCAAAGUCAAAAGUCGACACUCUCAGAGCAAGAAAGUGAGGUGAUCCAAAUCAAUCUACAAGAAACGCCACCGAAGAAUACAAUCGUAUUUAGCUCUGACUCGGUUCAGAAAAGUACAGAUGCUUCUUCAGAAAACAAUACGUCAGAUUCCCUCUCCAAUAGUGCGACGCAAAGCUCUAGCGAUGCGCUAGAUGGAAUUGGACAAAUUGGGGGUAGGAUUCAUAUCCAAGGUGGAGGUGGCUUAAAAACACGAACGAGAAUGUCACAAGCAGCUGGCAACGAAAGUCAAGGAGCCAAACAUAUGGAUGGAAACCAAAGCGCCUUUGGGCUGCCGACUCCUAUCUCUUUCAUGUCGAUCGAGGUUCAUGUUCAAUGCCGGACGGGGUAUUCCAGACUGGAUACUGAAACGAGAACACACAAGAAGAUUUCGUUGACAGCAAACCCGAGACGGAGAGAAGAUAAGAUUUCAGCCAUUGUAUUCGUCCAUGGCAGGGAUCCUGGUGGAGGGAAAAGUCUUGAAAUUCUAGCUAGAGGAUGCCUUUUUGUUCCGUUAAGAGCACGCCGAGAUGAUACUGAUAUCCAACUUCAAAAGCGACGGAUUCUUUCCAGUAUGCCUCCUGGGAGCAUGGGAAUAAAGUCACCACUAUCGGUCGAGUGCUUUCGAGAUGAAAAGAGCAUGCUGAGACGGUUUGCAAAUGUUGUACGCAUGAAGGACCCAGAUAUGCUCCUAAGCUGGGAUCCGCAAUCUUCUGGACUUGGAUAUAUCAUCGAGAGGGGGGUGAAUGGUGCCGAGACGCUAUCCAGCGAAGGCUUUCGUCUUGAAACAUUAGACAUGGCUCGACUUUUGGGACGGACACCGAGUGAUCAGUCGAGGGCUGCUUUCUUUGGAAAAGAGCAACAGCCCGAGUUAAAACCCGGCGAAGAUAAGGAUGGCAAAGAAGGAGAGAAGAAGACGGAGGAGAAAACAUUUAGGGGAAGUGGUUUGGGCCGUGAUUGGGAUGACAAAGUAGGGGCUGGUGCUGCUGCGGCCUCCAUCAUUGGACGGUUAGUCUUUGCUGCACACAAAAUUGUAUCAGAAGAAGUGAAGCAUGCGAAUGCAUCAUACUUGCCUGCUGUGGUAGCGGCGGUGAUGAACAAACGUAUUCCCCAUCACGAUGAGCUGACACUGACCCAAUGGUAUGCCAGUGGAAACGAGCGUUGGCGUGUUCUCAAUCAUCGCUUGACACAAGCGACUUCAUACCUUCUCCUUUUUGACGCGCUUGAUAUCGUUGGUCGAGCUGGCGAAGCUGCCAGACUCAGUGGGGUAGAAUUUUCCCAGUCGUUUCCUGGUAUUCGAGGGUCUCAGUACAAGGUCGAGGGUGUGCUACUGAGAGCCCUCCAGAGUUUGCGUUCGGACGAACGGGGUUCCAAACGAGGCAAAGUGCUAGAAAAUAACUUGACCGUGAGGUCGACAGGUCCCUCCUCAGCAAGCCUCAGCCACGACAUGAAGUCCCCAACUCAGGAACCUUGGAAAAUGCGGCGCGAGGGUCAAUCAAAGCUCGAGAAUAGGCAUUAUUUCUUUUUCUCGUCAUCUGCAGGAGACGCCAACCUACAAGAAGCCUUGGAGGUACAGGCUUUGACGUUGGAACCUCAAUCUGGUCACUAUACCGAUCCAAUAGUUGUCUGUGAUUUCACAGCACUGUACCCGUCGCUUGUAAUUGCAUACAAUCUUUGUUAUUCAACAAUUGCUGGGAAACUUGAGUAUCAUAGUACUCGAAGCGAGAUGCAAAUGGAAGGAAGAACGAGCGGGCAUCUGGGACCCUUCACGUACCCUGAAAGCCGAACUGCCACCGUCCUUGCGGAUCACAUGAAGUCGCUGAACAGUGAAUCGUCUGACGAGGUCAAUCGAGCCUAUGUUGCACCAACCGGGAGUGUGUACGUUUCGGAAGACGUUCUUAAAGGAGUUCUGCCACUUGUUUUAGAAGAAAUUUUGACGACUAGAGCAAUGAUCAAGAAGGCAGCAAAAGAGUACAAAAAAAAUGUGAAAAAUUUGUCACCUGCAAUUCUUCGUCAGCUGGAAGCAAGACAGCUAGCACUCAAAUAUGUCGCCAACGUUACAUAUGGAUACACCUCGGCCACAUUCAGUGGUAGAUGCGCGAUGCCACUCCUUGCGGAUACGAUUGUAGAAUGCGGCAGAAAGACACUUCGAAGAGCCAUCGAUCUUGCAAAUCGAUGGGGUCGUGAGACAGAACGCUGGAAAGGGUGUCGAGUUGUGUACGGUGACACGGAUUCUCUUUUUAUCGUCGUUCCAGGGAGAACGCAUCAAGAAGCGUUUACAUUUGGCGAAGAGCUCUGUGAGGCGGUGAGAAAAGACAAUCCACCUCCAGUCGAACUAAAGCUAGAAAAAGUCUAUUCUGGUUCUAUUAUGCAAACGAUGAAGAAAUACUGCGGGAUGAAGUUUGAGUCCAGAAGCCAGAAAAAGCCUACCUUCGAAGCCAAGGGUCUCGAAACGGUUCGACGCGAUCAAUGUGCGUUGACUCAAAAGGUGCUCCGAAAUGCUUUGAUCAAACUCUUCAACAGAGGUGUGUCGGAAGUGAAGGAAUACCUGUUUCGCCAAUGGUCGCUGAUCUACUCUGGAAAUCUCCCAGUAUCCGAUUUCAUCUUGACUGGACGAGUCCGUAGUCGGUAUCGAGGUGGUCGGGAAGGUCCCGUCCAGGCUGUCCUCGCCAAUAGAAUACGAUCUGCUGACCCAGAUUUCGCGGUUCGGUCGAAACAACGAUUGCCAUAUGUAAUAAUUGAUCGCGGCAGUAAAAACUAUACGCUGAAGGAUUGUGUCUUGACUCCAAUGGAACUACUCGAACACUGGAAUGCUUACAAAAUACACACUGGGUACUACAUUGAAAAGCACGUCAAUGCUUCCCUCCAACGAUGUCUGGGCCUGGCACCCCACAAAAUCGAUGUCAAUUCCUGGUUCCGAGAGUGCCCGCGUCCACGUCGGCGGAUUCAUUUUUGGCCCACCAAGUCUUUUAUGAUUACCGAUUGGUUUGGCAGUGGUGUCUGUACCUUUUGUGAAAAGAGUUGUCAUGCCAGUGGCCGAAGUAAGGUGGGCGUUUGUUCCGAUUGCCGCAAGGAUCCAAAGACUGCCCACUUGGCGUUACCAAUGCUGCAACAAGCCGAAGAAUCGGCGAAUGCCGUUGCCAAAGAAUGUCAAAAAUGCAACGGGUGUUUCGAAUCUGCCGAAACCUUUGCGAACGAACGAUUCGAAGACGAGGGAACCAAGAAAACCUUGGUGUAUCCGUUGGCCAAUUGUGUGUGCAUCGAUUGCCCCAAUACCUUUAAGCGACAUCGAUUGAAAGAGCUGCUGAUUGAGUCGACGAAUACCAGUGAAGUCCUCGGGUUGGACAUCUUUUGA